AUGGUUGUUAAUCCAAAUAAUUGGCACUGGGUUGAUAAGAAUUGUAUUGAUUGGGCACGUGAAUAUUUCAAGUCAAAAUUGGUUCAGUUGAAUACUGGGGAACAUGAUGGGAAAUAUGCGGAAAUAAAGUCUAUAUUGUCUAUUGAGGGUGAUUGUGAGGUGAAUCAACGUAAGGGGAAAGUGAUCUCGUUGUUUGAUUUAAAAAUUGCAAUGCUAAUUGGAGGUCAUGUUAAUAAAGAUGAAUUUGAGGGAAGUAUAGUGGUGCCUGAAGUUGCGUUCGACAGUAAUAUAGAUGACUAUCAAUUUGAGAUUUCUAUUUAUAAAGAGACUAGUAAAUUGAACGAAGUGAAACCCGUAAUUAGAGAGUAUUUGUUAUCUCAAUUAAGAAGCAUUUUCCAUCAAUUUGGGAAGGAUUUGUUAUUUGAACAUGGGAAUGACAUUCAAGUCCCUGAAGAGCAGGUGCAAUCUCAAUAUACUAAAGCCAAUCAACAAAACAGUUUUGCAGAUGUUUCUUCCACCACUGGUUCCAAGAAGACAGCAACCACAGUUAACAAGUCAAUUCCUGUCAAAGACAUAUCAUCUUCUAAAGCUGUUGUGAAAACUUUGGAUAACAAGGACAUCCCUAUUGUAAACACAGGUGGUGCCAAUACAGUGACAAUUCAUUUAGAGCCAUCCUUUAACGUUCCAGCAGUAGAAAUCUUUAAUACUUUUAUCGAUAAAGAACGUAUAAUGAUGUGGUCCCGUUCACCAAUCAGAGAAUUUGAUGAGAAUAAGAGUACUGGGUCUCAAUAUUUUAUGGUUGGUGAUAGAUUUGAAUUAUUUAAUGGUAACAUUGAGAGUGAGGUAGUUGAGAGUAAGUUGGGUAGUAAAUUAGUCCUUAAAUGGAGAUUAAAGGAUUGGAGAGAAAAUUUGUACUCUACAAUGGACAUGGAAUUUCAUGAAUCUUCAGAAUAUCAUGAAACAAAGAUUCAAUUGACAUGGAGUGGUAUUCCUGUAGGAGAAGAGGAUCGUGUUCGUGCAAAUUUUGAAGAUUAUUAUGUGAAACCAAUAAAAUUAACUUUUGGUUUUGGAGUUGUGUUGUGA